UCAAUAAACUGCAGCAGAGACGAUCGAGUAGGAAGAGAAGAGAAAGCUAAAGAUUUGAAACCGAUCUAACAAGGAAUCUGCCUCUAAGUUUCUUUAAAUUCCCUUUCAGACAAACUGCAGCAUGAAUAACUAGUUGACAUACUUACCUGCUUUGAGUUGCUGCUGAUGCUCACAAGACCGACAUGUGAUAUCGAUUAGUGGAACCACACGGACAACAGCGGCCCUGUUUCAGCUCCUGGAUGGCCGCUAAACCCACAUUUGAAGAUGCACACUCCGUGACAGAUCCCUGAGAAGUCCCUGUGGAUGAAGCCUUCAAGAGAAUAAAAUACGAGAAAUUACACCAAGAGUUAGAUUUCCAUCCUGAGCUGACUCCUCCGUGCAAAACCAGGACCAAACAUGGUGCACAUCUAUAACUGCCAUCCUUUUGCCUCCCAGCAAAUUGUACAGGUGGAGCAGGAACCAGGACUGGUCUGCUGUGGAGGUGGGGCCCUGUUCGUGGUGGCAACUGGAGGAUGCAAGGUGGAGGUCUACAGUCUUGAAAAGGAGGGCUGCCCUCUUAUCUGUCGCUUUGCCACCAUGGGCACGGUGAGACGCAUCCAGCACAGCAAAAUAGGAGACUACCUGGUAACCAUCGAAGAAAAGAACAGCGCCACCUACCUGAGAGCCUACACCAACUGGCGUUAUCAGGCGGAGGAGAAAGCCCGCGUCGGGGUGCGUUUGCUGGGCCACCUGCUGCGCGGGGCAUCGGUGUGGGGAGGAGUGCAGAUGGAGAUCAUCGAGAUCCCGCUCUCAGAGCGUCCUCUCGCUGUGGCGUGCUGCUCCAUAACAGGAGACCUUCUGGUCGGCUGUGAAAACACGCUGGUUCUGUUCACUUUGAGGAGACAGAACGAGCAGAACUUGCAGAACCAGAGUCAGCAGAACCUCCAGAGCUCAUGGCCAAAUGCUCAGCAGAGCUGCAGUCAGAGUCAAGCAGGUCAAACUUCAAGUUCAAAUCAGCACUUGUCCGUUUUAGAUUUUGAGCGCUCAGUCAUCCUGCAUCUUCCAAAAAUGACUCCUAAACAGGUGGCUCUGUGUGGAGAAUAUGUGGCGGUGCAUGCUGAGCUGGAAGUUUUGGUACUGAAACUGGAGGCAACCUCCGAGCCUCAACCUGUGGAGGAGUCAUCAGACGCAAGUAAAAGAGCAGAUUAUCUACAAGAUCCGAUUGACUUUCUGCUCAUCCCGAGACACCAAGAGCUGCUCGGUGAUCUAGCUAAAGACUGUGACAUCCCUGUCAGCAUUGAAAAGACCGGGCUGGAGGAGAGAGGACAGUACACGCUCUCCUACGUCCUUUUCAGACGCUUUUCUCCAGAAUUCUUCCAGGGUUGCUGCGUGGAGGAGAUGCAGCUCCACUCGUUGCAGCUUUAUCCACUGUUCACCAGUAACCAGUCGGUGUCUUCGGGGGAACCAGCCUGCGUGUUCUGCUUCUUCUCUCUGCCCAGCGCCGGCUACCUGUACAGUCUGAAGGGCGGGGUGGAGCUGCUCUCGGCCUACCAGUACCCCGAGAAAGUCCUGCAGGCGGUGCUCACUGAUCACCUGCUACAUGUCAUAACAAAGAGCGCGGUGCAGUGUUUCACAGUGCGUUGUGCAGCAGUAGCAGCCAGGGUGGAAGACCCUUACAUCGACACCACCAUGAAGGCAUGUCCACCUUGCACUCUGGACGUGUGUGCACUCAGAAUGCAGUUAUUUAUCGGUCUGCGGUCAGUGUGUGUCUACGGCCGCCAUGUGAUCCUGCUCUCGACAGCUGACACAGAGGCACCGGAGGAGCCUGAACGCCCCACACAGCGCCGGGGCCUCGAUUUGAAAGAACACAACGUGCUGACUGGUAUUUUCCUAGCGGUGGGAAUCGAUCCCGCAACCUCGCCAGCACUGGAGAGCCUUCUGUCACGCCCCUUCCUGAGCAGGAAGUGGACGAUCUCCUCUCCCAAAGAAACCAGUGCAGCUGGGCAUGGAUGGAACCUUUACGUCAUCAACAGCGUUUCUCCCUUCACUCUCUACAAGGAGAUGGUUGAGUACAGUGAGCGCUUCGCACAGUUGCACCCCCAAGCCCACAGCCUUCGACACCUCCUCAGUGAAGCUCACCUCCUCAUCCGCGCCUCCUUGCUGCAAACGGCAGUGCAGCAACAGAGCGUCGACGUCGACCCUGCAGCGCUGGCUGAUGAAAACCAAACAGCGCAGAUGGAAAGACAGGAGAUAGAGGAGGCGUUCAGAAAGAACUGUGCUCAACUGGGUGACUGUUUUAGCAGGGGAAGUCCGAAGGACUGCCACCUGGCACUGCCGUACUACAGGAUGUCCGGCUUGUCAGUCACCGAGGUCAUGUCCAGGAACCGCCCACUUCCAGACAGCCCUCACUCCUACGGCCCUGGCUUCCUGUUUUACCUCAAGCAUUACCUGUUAGAGGAAACAGAGCACACCCUUAGCCAGGAAGCAGCUGAUGACAUCAUCCACAUUUUCAGCCAAUCUGAGCCCUCCCUGCUCGUCAGCGUGUGUGCCAGUCCGUGUAUGAUAAAAGUCAGCCCUACCAGAACUCUGCAGAUCCUGCAGCGUCUCGAAGAAUCAGCCGGGGUCUCAGUUCCUCUCACAAUCACCAUGGCAAUCAUGAUGCUGCAUCAGGGCGACAUACCGCAGUUCACGGAGCUGAUGGAGCGACACGCUGAGAUGCUGAUGGUGUACGGGUUCAUCGAGGAGCCGAGGCUGCUGGUGCUUCAUGGUGGAGCACGCGACCAGCACACACUGGUCCAUCCCACAGCGCUGGCUCAGCAGCUGGCUCACUCGCAGCCCGGGCUGCUGGUGGCUGGCAUGGUGGCGUUACACGAGAACAGCAAGGUUCAGCUGGAACAGGCCGAUCACAUCUUCAAAGAGCUGGGCUGUGAGACCAGCUUACAGGUGGAUUUCUGGGAGGCGACGCUCAUAGCCUCCUCGCAGGAUGCCGUCAUUCAGGAGCUGCUGUUCCGCCUGGCGUCGGUUUACAUCGAUCGACUGACAAACUCCGCCGGUGACAAAACACCGAAACGCAAGUCGCUGAAGAGCGCAGACGAUCUGAUCAAUUCAAGCUCUCAUUACGGCGCUCUGUACCCGUGGCUCACUGUUCUCAACCCGGUUCACUUUACCAGCUCCCAACACCAGGAAGCUCUACACAAACUCCAGUCUCUGCUGUGUGGUCCUUCUUUCUCCGUCGGCUCCGUCGUGCCUUUGAUGGAACGCCUGUCAGACGAACCCUUGUGGGGUUUCAGCCUGCACCUCCUCUGCGCCACCAGAAAGGGGCAGUAUGACCGAAGUAUCGAGCAGCUGUUGGACAGAUGUCCCCAGGCCAUCAUCGCCUACGCCAACCACCAGUUACAGGACAAGUAUAUGGCACUCUGGUGGCAGAAACUUCUUCCUGAGCUCUGCAACCGGACGAGAGUAGCCGCAGAAAACAGCAUCCUGCUGGGUGCUCUCAAAGAAACUCUGGUCGUGGUUGCCAUGGAGACGAGCCCAGCAGAGUUCUUGGAGCUCAUCCCUGACGAUGGCACUGCGUCGUACUUUCUGCCUCACCUGUUGACGUGCAGCCAGAGACACUUGCUGGCCUGAGAAAUGCACGAACACACACUACUGGCAGCUAAAAUACUGGACAUAUUCUGGAAAGUUUUGCACAUUUAUCUUUGAACUGUGUUAUUGGAGUGCUGCGGUGUUCAGUAUUUUGCUAGUCGGGGGCUUCUCUAAGCUUGAGGAAGAUUCAGACAAUCCUGUGUUUUAGGUGUUAUUUAAUAAAUCAAAUCUAACAUCUUUGAGUUAAUGUAAAAACGAGUUUAACUCCUGCUGUCGGGGAUGCAGGAGAACAUUUCUGCAUCUUGUUCACCGCUGCUUACUAUCCUCUUCAAUGUACAGUACAACUAAUGUGACAAUUAGUUUUUAAUUUAUUUCUUUUAAGAUCUUGAUCCUUUUUGAGUUUAGUUUGUUUCUGCUGGGAAUUUCCCAGCUUUGAAGUCAGCUGAUUAGAUCAAGAAAAACCUGCUUUGUUUGUGUGGUCAUGAUUGAAAGUUAUAUGAAAGUGUUUUGGUUUUGUUCUCACACCCGUAUCACAGAAGCGUUUCCUCAUUUGUCACUUGACUAACAAGUGUUUUGGAAUUUAGCCAAGUGCUUAGCAGAUAUGCAUAAAUGUUUUAUUGAAAACGAACUGCUAAAAGAUACUUUAGUUUUGUUGCUUCCAAACACUGUCUUGCAUUUUGUUGCACCCACUGUUGUUUUCUUAAUUAAAGUGAUCAUC